GAAAGGUGCGCCGCAGAGAGCGCCGGCAGGGACCCGGAGGAGACUAUGGUUCCUCGGCGCCUCCUGUUGGUCGGGGAGGGAAAUUUCUCCUUCGCGGCUUCUCUGAUCGACACCCUGGAGCCUGGCGUCAGGGUUACCGCGACCUGCCUCCAGCACCGGGCUGAUCUGCAGGGGGAUCCCGUGGCCUUGGAGAACCUACGGCGCCUGCGCGAGCGAGGUAUCGAAGUGCGUUUUGCUGUGGAUUGCACCCAGCUGGCACAGGCUUUGCAAGCCCACGGGGACUUUGAUCGAAUUUAUUUUAACUUUCCGCAUUGUGGACGAAAAGCCGGCGUAGCUAGGAACAGGGCACUGCUGGCCAAGUUUUUCCAGAGCUGUGCUGAUGUUCUUGCAAAGGACGGAGAAGUUCAUGUGGCAUUGUGUAGAGGACAAGGUGGAACGCCUGCCGAUAAGCCCCAGAGAGAGUGGCACAACAGUUGGCAAGUAGUUGCCAUGGCAGCCCUGGGAGGGUUCAUUUUAAGUGAUGUGCAUCCCUUCCGCUGUGGGGCUGUGCCAGGGUACAAGUGCACUGGGUAUAGGAGUCAGGAUAAGCCCUUUCAUAUAGAAGGUGCUUUGAACCAUAUCUUCACCAAGAGCUUACCCUUCGAAGGCUCUCAGCCUAGAACAUUCAGAGUCAGAUUGGAAGACCGGUGGUUUUCCUUUGCUGAACCAGAAGCACUUGCAGGAAAGUUAAAUAGGCGGUUCCUUGAAGCACCUUCCUGUCAUCCUGUCAGAACUAUCAAUGAGAAACUCAUUGCUGAAUUGGGCAAAACUUUUCCCUUAAAAAGGCUGAAAUGUUUGUUCCCUCUGUUACCACGGGGAGGUGCCAGUGUCCUCCCUCCAGGGACCAAUGACCUUCUGUCUGCCUUUUGGGUUAGUCUUCAUGAAGAUAGCCCACACUCUGAGGCCCUGUCUGGUGAAAUUACACAGGAAAUGGAAGAAGUUCUUGUGUCAGUUUCAGAACGCACCUUUGCCAAGAGUCCUGCAGGAGACGGCUGCAGUGGAGCUCAUGAAGGAAUCUGUGAAGAGGCCACACUGUGCCUUAGAUCUUCCCUUCUAGUCCAUGGUGAAGCUAUCCUCCAUUCACCUGACUUCCUUCCAGGAUCUUUGCACAUUCUCAGUGGACCUGUCUUCCGGAAGUGCCACAUUUCACCUUUUAUGAUGCCAGCAUUUCACGAGACUUUAUUUCUCCUUGGACUUAAUAAAAAUAUGGAGGAGAAUUGCCUUUCAUCACUGCUGGAUCACCUGAAGGGCAUUCUAGAUAACCUUCUGACUGAGACAUUGCUGGAGGGCUCCAUUGUGAGCACUUUGGUGGAAUUUGUCCUUCAGCCAAAUGGGAAGGAUUAUAUAAUUCAUGUGAAGCCCCUCAGUUUUGGCCCAGAUUGUACUGAGAAUCUGAUUAUUGGGUCUGUCGUCACAUCUGCAACUGUUACACAUGAACAUCAGUGUUUUGUGUUUGUGUCUAUAAACUUGGACUUACUGGCUAUGCUUGCCUAUGAUAUUUCUGACUGGAGAAUAUUGUGGACUUUUGAUGGCCGUUUCCUGAGAAGAUUUGCCCCUGGGAAAAUAGAACGUUUUAAAAGCUAUUCUCUGUAUCCUCCACACUAUGUGCAUGAUAUUAGUUUUUGGUUAGAUGAAAAGAAAGGAUUUAAUGAACUGGAGUUUCACACCAUAGCCCGAGCAGUGUCCCAGGACACUAUUAUUUCUGUACAGUUCCUUGGUCGGUUUCAACAUCCAGAGACUGAACAGGUAAGUCUCUGCUAUAGAUUGAUCUAUCAGACUUGUGAUAAGGCGCUCAGCCUGAAGCUGGCAGCGGCAAUGCAGUCCCGGCUCAGAGAAGAGAUUCAAAGACAGCUACACGUUUUACUUCGAUAGGUCAAUGAUGACCUUUGUACAGUGUAUGUUGUAUGUGGGUGAAAAAGAACAACUCGCAACUAUUGUUCCUUUCUGGACUCAUGGGUUUUUGUGUUUUGUUUUGUGUGUGUGGAAGAUUUUUUUUUUUUUUCACUGUGACCAAAACAGUGCUGAUGGACCCUAAAGAUGCCUGUGAACAUACACACACACACAGACUCGCCAGGCUCGGUGGUGAUGAAGUCCUUUGAUCCCAGUGCUCAGGACACAGAGGCAGGCAGGUCUGAUUGAGGCCAACUAAGGCUACAUAGUGAGGCCCUGUCUGAAAACAAAACAAAAAUUAAACAAAAAUGCCUCCAUGGACUGGGGGGCAGAUGACCGUAUUGUUGUCUUUUUGAUCCUGAAUAAUGACUGAAACAACAAACCAAGCAUUUUGUACUUUGCUGUCUUGCUGAAGAGGCUGUGAACAUGUAUGUCUCACCACAUGUAUUUGUGAAUAUAUUUUUCACAUUUUC